CCAGUCUCCUCCCCUCGCCCGCUGACCGGGCUCUCUGGCGGCGGCCGGCGGGGCACGCCAGCCGCGUCCCGCUAAAUGGCGCCGCUCCGCCGCCGGCCGCUGCUGCGGGCGCUGCUCCGGGCGCUGCUGCUCCCGCUGCCAGGAGUGUGGUGCUUUAGUGAACUGUUCUUUGUGAAGGAGCCUCAAGAUGUUACUGUCUCCAGGAAGGAUCCGGUGGUUUUAGACUGCCAGGCCCGUGGUGAAGCUCCUAUAACUAUUACGUGGCUGAAAAACGGAGGCAAAGUAUCUGAAAAUGAAAGGAUCUACACUUUAUCCAAUGGCUCUUUAUACAUCAGUGAGGUGGAAGGAAGGAAAGGAGAGCUGUCAGAUGAAGGAUUUUACCAGUGCUUAGCUCUGAACAAGCACGGAGCCAUUCUCAGUCAAAAAAGUCACCUUACUCUAGCAACCAUUUCUGCAUUUGAAGUCCAGCCGCUUUCAGCUGAGGUUCAGGAAGGUGGAGUAGCUCGAUUUGUCUGUAAAAUAACAGCAAACCCUCCUGCCGUUGUGACAUGGGAAGUGAAUCGAACAACGUUACCUGUAGCCAUGGACAGAAUAACCACUCUACCUACAGGAGUUCUUCAAAUCUAUGGUGUUGAACAGAAGGAUGCUGGGAGCUAUCGAUGUGUUGCCACAACAAUAGCCAGUAGACGUAAGAGCACUGAGGCAACACUGAGUGUUAUUCCAGCUUCAGACUUGAAGCCUUUUCACAAGCCAGCUAUUAUAGCUGGUCCUCAAAACAUUACGGCAUCUCUUCAUCAAACUGUCAUACUGGAGUGCGUAGCCACAGGGAAUCCAAAGCCAAUCAUCUCAUGGAGCCGGUUAGACCAUAAGUCCAUUGAUGUCUUCAAUACUCGUGUCCUUGGAAAUGGGAACCUCAUGAUCUCUGACGUGAAGGUGCAGCAUGCAGGCGUCUAUGUCUGUCGGGCCACUAUUCCUGGCACACGAAACUUCACAGUAGCAAUGGCAACUCUCACUGUGCUGGCUCCUCCUUCAUUUGUGGAAUGGCCAGAAAGCUUAACAAGGCCUAGAGCUGGUACUGCUCGUUUUGCCUGUCAGGCAGAAGGAAUUCCUGCCCCCAAAAUUUCAUGGCUGAAAAAUGGAAGGAGGAUACACUCCAAUGGUAGAAUAAAAAUGUACAACAGUAAAUUGGUGAUUAACCAGAUCAUUCCUGAAGAUGAUGCCAUUUAUCAGUGCAUGGCUGAGAACAGUCAGGGAUCUGUGCUAUCCAGGGCCAGGCUUACUGUAGUUAUGUCAGAAGACAGACCCAGCGCACCUUAUAAUGUCCAUGCUGAAACGAUGUCAAGCUCAGCAAUUCUGCUAGCGUGGGAGAGGCCGCUGUAUAAUUCAGACAAAGUGAUUGCAUACUCUGUGCAUUACAUGAAAGCAGAAGGUUUAAACAACGAAGAGUACCAAGUGGUCAUUGGAAAUGAUACAACCCAUUACAUUAUUGAUGAUUUGGAUCCAGCAAGCAACUAUACCUUCUAUAUUGUGGCUUACAUGCCUCUGGGAGCCAGCCAGAUGUCAGAUCAUGUGACUCAGCACACCCUCGAAGAUGUUCCCUUGAGAGCUCCGGAAAUCAGUUUGACGAGCCGGAGUCCUACAGAUAUUCUCAUCUCUUGGUUGCCAAUUCCUGCAAAAUACAGGAGAGGUCAGGUGGUCCUGUACCGUCUGUCUUUCCGCCUCAGCACAGAGAGCAAAAUCCAAGUCUUGGAGCUUCCAGGGUCUACAGAUGAAUAUCUCCUAGAAGGCCUGAGACCUGACAGUGUCUACUUGGUUCGUAUCACUGCUGCAACAAGGAUUGGCUGGGGAGAGGCAUCUUUGUGGACUUCCCACCGGACUCCGAAAGCUACCAGUGUGAAAGCACCAAAGUCUCCUGAGCUGCGCUUGGAGCCAAUGAACUGUACAACCAUUACAGUACAGUGGCAGCAGGACUCUGAGGACACUGCAGCUAUUCAAGGGUACAAGCUGUAUUACAAGGAGGAGGGCCAACAGGAAAAUGGACCAAUUCUCUUGGAUGCCAGUGAUCUGGAGUAUACUGUCAGUGGUUUAGAUCCUAGAAGGAAGUACCACGUAAGGCUGCUGGCAUAUAACAAUAUGGAAGAAGGUUAUCAGGCAGACCAAACAGUCAGCACUCCAGGAUGUGUCUCUGUCCGUGAUCGCAUGGUGCCACCACCCCCGCCCCCUCACCAUCUCUAUGCUAAAGCUAACACUUCAUCUUCUAUCUACCUUCACUGGGGCAAGCCCGCCUUCACAUCGGCACAGGUCAUUAACUACACAAUCCGUUGCAACCCCGUGGGACUGCAGAAUGCAUCUCUGGUUCUCUACCUUCAAACGUCAGAGACUCACAUGUUAGUUCAAGGUCUUGAACCAAAAACCAUGUAUGAAUUUGCAGUUCGUUUGCAUGUGGACCAGCUCUCUAGUCCCUGGAGUCCAGUUGUCUAUCAUACUACCCUUCCAGAAGCACCAUCUGGCCCUCCAGUAGGAGUGAAGGUGACUUUGAUAGAGGAUGAUACUGCUUUGGUUUCCUGGAAGCCACCUGAUGGUCCUGAAACAGUUGUUACACGAUACACUAUCCUCUACGCAUCCAGGAAGUCUUGGAUCGCUGGGGAAUGGCAAGUGUUGCACAGAGAAGGAGCAAUGACUAUGGCUUUGCUGGAAAACCUCGUAGCAGGGAACGUCUACUUGGUGAAAAUAGCAGCCUCCAAUGAAGUGGGAGAAGGACCCUUCUCAAACGUGGUGGAACUUGCUGUGCUGCCAAAGGAGACGUCAGAGUCUAAUCAGAGGCCUAAGCGCUUGGAUUCAGGAGAUUCCACAACUUAUUCUGACUAUUACCAUCUGGACCAGAAAUCAAUGACUGGCAUUGUUGUUGGGGUUUGCAUAGCCUUGACCUGCAUCCUUAUCUGCAUCCUGAUCUUAAUUUAUCGCAGUAAAGCCAGGAAAACAUCUGCCCCUAAACCUGUGCAGCAAAGUACUGACCAGCUGUCACAUACCAGCAUCUCAUUAGCCAGCGCUAAUGAGGCGGAGAAGAGUAUUGAAGGAAUCGCAGAGAAUGCAGAAUCCUUGUUGCCAAUGAUAGUGGGAAACAGCUUCAUCGAUGCUAAGGGGGGGUCUGAUCUAAUUAUUAACAGCUAUGGGCCUGUCACAAAAGCCAACUGCAAGAAGAGGUGGCUGUUCUUCCAGGAUACUAAGAAGGUGAAGGCUGAGGAGCCUCAGAGGAGAUUUGUCCAGGCAGUGUGUCUGUAUCAGCCAAGCACCACUGUGCUGAUCAGUGAGGAUGGCUCCCCCAGCUCUCCUGGCCAGCAGUCUAAUUUCCAGGUGCCAUUCAGUAUUGCUGCCGACACGGAGCACUCGGCCAACAGCGAAGGAAGUCAUGAGACUGGUGACUCUGGAAGAUUUUCUCAUGAGUCCAAUGAUGAGAUACACCUCUCCUCUGUGGCAAGUGCCACCCCUCCUGCUACCAGUCAUUUUGUAAGCAGUGGCUUGGGUACGAACAUGAUGAGCCCUGCCAUCAGCAACUGCAAAGAAUCUCCUCUGCCGUUCACUGCUGACCAGACUGCUACCUCAGCUCUUCAGAUAUGCUCUGCAGUGCAAAACUGACAUCCUUAGGACCACACCAGACAUUCUCGCAGUGUAUGUCUGUUCGAAGGACAAUGAACAGGAAGCCAAAGUUUUAUUGUGGAAAGCCUGACCAACCCAGCAGGUGAUCCCAAGUUUCUGUUGAAUGUUUUAUAUUUGUUUAUUUUUAACUCACUCAUUUUGAAUGUUCAGUGGUCAACAAAUGUGAAAGGACAGUGAAGAUUUCUGACUAAAGUUAAGAAUAUGUCACUGGAGCAAAGGGAAGGCUUUAGGCCCUUUUGCUGACUAUCUACCUCAGUUUGCCGAGAGGUGAACUCUGAAUGACAACUGCUUUACCUCGUUUGUGUUCUAGUUGGUCUCAGCUAUGGAACUGACGAUACUUCCUAGUAGUGUUGUUUUAUUUUGGGUUUCUUUUUUUUUCAGUUGUGCGUAGAAUGUGUGUGUGUGUGCGUGUGUGCGCUCAGUGAUCAGGGAGUUGUAUAGGUAGAUGAACAAGAUUGUUUAGCUGAAGCUCUGUCUUUGAAAAGAAGGAAAUCUUAGAGUAUGAAAUGUAAUGGUUGAAUGUGGUUGACCUAAAGGAUGUUGAAAACUGCGAAAACUGGAGUUGGUGCUUCCACACGCACAGCCACAUGAAAUCUUUUGUACCUCUUGAUUUCUCCUAGCCCCAGUAAACCUGGGACAGUGCCUUUCCCCCAGAAACUUGUGCCAGCACCCGCUGACCGGAUGAAUGCUAUAUCCUUAGGGCUCUGGGGCAUGUUGGGUUCCCUACAGUGACAAAUACUGCCCAGUUAUUGACAGGUGGUGCUAAAAAGCAUGGCAAAAUGAGGAAGUAUGCAGUAUUUCCAAACAGUUUGAUUCUGCCUGAGAGACGUGGAAUAAUGCUGAGUAUUCUGGUGUUGCAGUACUUCUUAGCAAUGGUGCCUUGCAUUAUGUAUAAUGAAAUUACUGAUUUGCCUUAUGCCUUUUUAGUAUUCAUAAAAUUGCUUUGGAGUACAGAAGGAUGCCUUAAAUGCUUCUUAGAUGUUAUAAAGGAAACUGUAUCGUGAAUUAAUUUCUUACCCAGCUUAGAGUGCUGAUAAGCACUGCUAGCUUCUCGGUAUGUCUCAGAGCUGUUGUUGGGAUGCAGCCCUGCUCCUUGCCUUUGCCUAGCAUGCUGUUAGCCAGGAAUUUAGCUCAGGGAGUGACUUGACCCACAAGCCAAUCUAAAACUCUCAUUAGGCUACCGUAAGAAAUAGAAAGCCAGAGCUUUAGUUGAAGAGUCUGUUGAAGGAGGUGAGUACUGCUACUGCCUUGAACCGAUACAAUUCCUGUUUUAUACUACCUCCUUUAAGAGUUGUUCUAGUGUGGUUUUUUGUUUGUUUGUUUGUUUUUCCUGUACUCAGGGAACAGUUUGUUACUUUUGAGCUGCCUCCCGAAAAUGUGGAGCAAACUGACAGGGUAUCAUGUUUUAUUUCUUAAUGGGGUAGGGGGUGAGGGAGAGAGGGAGGAGAGGUUGGAUUCAUCCAAUGUUCUAAACUUGCCUAUAUAUCCAGUCCUCUGCUCUGUUUUCCCCAUUUUACUUAAAAAAAAAAAAAAAAAAAAAAAAAAAGGCAUUUUUUUACUUUAAAAAAUGUUUAAAAUGUAAUGUGAGAAAGCAACCAUAGCAACUCCUGGCUCUAUUUAAGUCUGUUGGAACUGCCACUGAACUUAAGGUAGGCCAGGCUGGCUUUUGUAUUGUUCCGUAGGUAUCAAAAGGUGGUCAGAAGUCAUCGACAAGCCCUGCCCUUCUGUCUUUCAUUUUGAUGAAUCGCCCUGUAGCCACGGUAGUUCUUCAGCUUGUAACCGUUUGCUAGUUCAGAACCAGACAGUACGUGUUCACUUUUUAAUCACAGUGUUGAUCGAAAGGCUUUUAAAAUAAUCUUGUACCAAAGACCAAUCUGUAGAAGAGAAGGAAGCUGCAUAUCUUCCAUAAUUGAGCUAGUUAAAAGGUACAGGUGUGAACAGCUGAAUACAUUUUGUUGUAUAAGUAGUCACUAACAAAACCAACAGGGCUUCGACUGAUUGUAGUAGUUGAUUGCAUAGAUGUUGUAUGCUUCUACAAUUUUAACUACCUUGUUACAAGAGCCUUUAAAGAAAGUUAUAAUGAUACCAGCAGAUAUCUCCAAAGACUUCCAAGUGUAAUUUUUUUUCUUCAGCAUGUAGCUGCAUCAACAGUACAGUAUUAAAAAUAUUUUUGAACGUUUUUCUACUUGCUGAAGAAAAAGAAAACAUUUUCACCAAAGAUUUAUUUUUGAUCUCAUCAGGCAGAAUGUUUAGUGUACAGCAGAGUACUGCUUCUAGUUAGGUAAAGCGUGAAUUAACUGAACCUAGAUUAAGAAUGUGUAACUGUAGCAUGAAGUUUCACACUUCAUCUUUCAGAGUAGCCUCUUUUCUUAGUUUCAUUCAGAAAGAGCUGAUGUGCAGAUGGUAACUAUUUGCUUCUCCAAAGACUUGUUUGCUGUGAGUACUGAUAAUCUGAUGUCAUUUUAUGCAUUUUAGCAUCAUUUCUUUACAAGUAAAUAUUUUAAAUCCUAAACUUUUUCAUCCAAAGACUCACUCUGUAGUUUAACCCAUGGUGAAUUUGAGAGAAAAAGGCUUAAUACGAAAUUUGUCACUCUAGUAUAGAAGUUCUAACUUCAAUAGCCAGAGAUCAAAAUAUUCAAUUCCCUAGAGAAAAGUGUAUCCAGAAUUCUAUCAAUCAUUUAAUGUUUUUUUUAAUUAAGGUACUUUUUAUCAGCAAAUAAAGAAAACCAAAGAUAUUUAAGGUUACCUCAGCAUAUAGGCAAGCUUAGUUAGACAUUAAUUAUUCUGUCUUUUCCUUUAUUUUUAUGUUAACCAAAUAUAAUACGUUUCUCCAGAACCCAGUCUACAUUCAUAUGCUUCCCUUUAUUGUGUCACAUAGUUAAUUUUAGUUCUAUUUACACGUUUACUGCAGAACAAACAAUGCAAUCUCCUCAGAAAUUCAUGUUUUAUUAUUAAUAUGUUACCAUAUUUUUGUGAGGGAAUAGUUGUUUGAUGAUUAAAAACUCCACCAAUGUAGGCAGAGGAAUGUCUAGAAAAAAUCUGUAAAAAUCGAUGCCUUUUCUACCGAACUGAAUAGCAGAAUUUGUGAUUUUUAACAGUGCAAAAUCAGGCUCAACGUUUAAAUGCUUCAUAUCCUUGAAUCCUUCAAAUUAGAGAUAUGGCAUUAGAGACAUCAGCUUUCUUAAAAGUUCAGACUUCUUACAAUAUAAGGAAAUCAGUUCCUCAUAAAUGAACUUUAUUCAUUCCAUUUGCCUAGAGAAAGCUGGGAGACAGAACAGGUUACAGGUUUUCCAGUAUUUAUUCUUGGUUUUGUCUGUAAAACUGGGUCCUGGAGAAAACACUAUCAAUUUUUUAAUUAUGAAUUCAGUAUGUUCUGGAAGAUGAACGUAAAUGUGGAAUUUAGUGUUACACUAUGUGAAUUGAUUUUGUUUAAGUGUAUUAAGAAGUAAAGAGCCAUGGCUGGUGUAAUGAAUGUAUAUGCAACCUUUGUACUUUAAAAACAAAACAAAAAUGUUAUAGGUUGAUGUGACUUGAAGAGCAUCACAAACUUGCAGACAAAAUCUUGACACUGGUUUACCAGGCUACCUGUUUCCAAGCGAGGACUGUGAUUGCCCUUCUGGUGGAAGAGCAGUCCCUGCUCUGUGGGCCCUGGAUCCAAUCCCAGGUGCUCAGUCUGCCCCCAGUUAUGCUUGUGUACCUUCUUCAUGUUUUACAAAUAACUCCUGGAAGAUGAGAAUACUUUCUAUCUCAGAAAACUGGGAAUGUGUAUGCUGUGCAGAACUGUGCCUGUCAGUGGAUUUCUUUUAUAGCUCUGCUUUUUUAAGAGAGACUUGAAAAACCCAUAUAUCAAUAUUUUCCUAUACUAGCUGUGUAUUUUUGGUGUAAUUUAUUGGAUUUUAACAGAAAGGAGUUUUAAGACAUUUCUCUACCUGGUUUUAAUUAUAUUUAAUACUUCAUUCCCUCUUUGGUUUCAUUACCUUGCUUUAGACUAUGAGCUGAAUCUUGUUUGCUUUAUCCACAGCAGGGUUCUUACCCUGUUUCUUUUUCAGUCUAUGGGAGAAUUAAUUUUAAUUUCAGUUUGCAUGGUCUUGACAGACAAAAUGAGCUGCUGCAUUUUAUUUAUUUUUUUUUAGAUCUUCACAGUAUUAUUACUUUUAAAGGACAGGAUUCUUAGUUGGUUAAAACUCCCAUUGGCAAUGUAUUUUUUUUGGUAGGACAAAAAGUUGCCAUAUACCAGAGGCUCGCUGUAACUCUCCAUGCAUGUAGUCUUAGCCUGUAGUGAAUUCUGAGUAUUUUAAGUCAAUUUAACUCUUUUUCACUGUGAUCUAAGUCAACUUGAAUGACUUAACGUUUGCUGCAAUGUGAGCAUACACAAGAACAGUUACCAUAGACCACUGGGCCUUAGUAACAUGUUACUCUGACGUGUAAGCUGUAAGACCAGGAGUUCUCACUCAUUUUAUCUGUUAUAGAAGGAGGUGCAGGCAGGGAAAAGUCCAUCCCCUAACAUGGGGAAUGAUGUUCAGUUCCAUAGGGCACUCCAUGUUUAGCCCCAAAUCUCAUUCACACCUAGUGAAAAGACAGCUGCACAGGUGUAACUUUGGCGAUAUUCCAGAGAAAUCAAUUUACUGGAGUCAUUCUGUUAAAAUUGAAAGCAGAAUUACACCUAAAAAUUGUUAAAGAGGUACUUCUUCGUUUGAACAAUUGUUAAAUGCUUCUUAGUUGCUGGAAAUGCAGCUUUGCUAAUACCACGUAAUUUCUAAAGCAGAUGAAUUUGUCUGCAGGAAUACUGAGCACCUUUCUAACAAGUUAAUAAUAAAUUAUUUUUGUAACUGCAUCUUUUGGAACCUGUGUUUAUAAAAAAUAAAAACAAAAAAAAAAACACAAACCUUUUCUUCAAAAUAAGUCUAAAACCAAGUUGUUCGCUGUUAAUAGAAGCCAAUCUGAGAAGAACACACAUUCAAUUUGGCUCAAAGUUUGCUCUCAGUUCUGCUGAUAUAAAUGCAGAGUAAGUUUGUUUCCUUGGAAUUUCUCUAGAUUUACACUGAGGCUGGUCCUAAGUGACUCAAAAGGGAUAGAAACACAUGGCUAGAGUUCUGCCAUGUUGGUCCCUCUGGAGUGCCACUGCAAGCUGAGCUCCUUGCGGAGGUUUUCAGCUGUCCCCGGUUACAUAUACCUACAUUGCAUCUGCCUGGUGCGUUUUCAGUGAAGACUGACUGUAUAUGAAAAACUUACUUAAACAAAAUGUUGCUUUUUGAUUGUUUGGCUUUUUUGUUGUUAUUAUUUUGCUUUUUUCCAAGUUGUGAAUGAAUUGCCAGUGUAGGAGCCAGGUAUGUAUCUCAUUGUGGUGUUCUGGAUCCUUUCACUCCGUGUGCCAUUUUCUUCUAAGGGCAGCAAUGGCUAACUGGCUAAUGGAGGACGGAGCUGAAUUGUAUUAAUUUUAUACUUGUCUCAGGGGAUCAGCUCUGUGAACUCCAUUGCAUGAGGGAAGCUAAUGUUUGCCCUGAUUUGAAUGUAACUUUUUAAUGUCUUUUUAAAAAUAUUUUGUUUAAUAAUGUGGAUUUGUUCUUCUAGCAUCCUAGUAAAUGUUACCUAGUGUGUUGGUUCUUUUUUUCCUCUCCAGGGUUGUUUAUAUACUACCCCAAGGUCAUGCCAAAAAUUAAUAGAAGUUUAAAUGCCAAAUGUUUAUGAAACUGCUGUCUAAAUACUGAUUGAUUGCACAGUUGAAAUAAAAAAUUUCCUUAGUAAAA